GGGAAAGUCAACAGCAACAAAAUGCCUAAACGAUCCAAUCCAUUUGGAGACUCUUCACCAUUACAGUUUAAGACCCACGUUGGUAAGAAAGAAGUCGACAUGGGCGUUUCCAGAGAUGAAAAUAUGAAAGAGGUUUACGAAAAAACUAAGGAAAUGUUGUUCAAAGGAGCUCAAAAACAGUACGAAAUUGAUGCAAACGCGAACCAGAUCGGUUGGCAAAUGGAUGUUGAUGCAGAUCUUGGCGUGGAACCACUCCCUGGACAAAUGUGUUUUGAUAAAAACGGUCAACUGACCAUAGCACCAACACUAUCUCAACAGAAUUCUACUGAUUCCAUGAUGCCUGCUGUAAGUGUGCCCAGUAAAUUCCAAUUUUCUGAUAGUUCUUCAACCAAUGUUCCUGCCAAUGCUUGCUGCCAUUGUAGGAAACCAUUUUCUCAACAAACUUUUUCUACUCGUUGUUACUUCUGUGAUAAACGCUUGUGUUUCCCCUGCACAAGAAACUGUGAUAAAUGCAAUGAGAAAUUUUGUCAAAUGUGUUCUCUGCUUAAUUAUGAUGAAGCUUUUGAAAGGGCUUUCUGCUUCAAUUGUAUCCCUUAAUGGGGAUGAAUUUACAUUUGUAUUGUGUAUAUAUCCUAGACACUCUUUGAAUGAUAAAUCGUAAGAAUACACCAGAUUGUAAAAGAUUUGAUAGUGCUAUGUGCUGAGUAGAAAUUGCAAUUGACAACUAUGUUAUUUAUAUAUUGUGUGUUAUAACUUAUGACUAUAAUAAAUAAUGGCUUAAGCUGAACAUUGUCAAUUUGUUAGCCAACAAAAUUGAAAUAAUCAUGCAACAACUAUUGGACAAAUAACAUUGCUUAUUGACAAUUUUGUCCUGUUACUGGUGAAAAUUGUAAGCCUGUUGUUUCUAAUAAAAAUAGUAUAUCUAUAACGAGUCAGAACUACAUCAAAACAAACUCUUCAUGUCAAUUUAACCAAUUGUAUGAAUAAAUAAAAAAUAAUUUGUUUAAAAAAAAAAUUAAAUGAUUGAGAUUUCCACUAGAUAUUUCAGACUUAUUUGAUAUUUGCGGUCUAGAGAAACAGUUGUGUUGAAAGACAUAACUGACUGAUCCUAGCUCUGACAGCUAAUAUGUUGAACAAUUGUCUACCUCUAUAUUUUCUUUUGUAGAAAACUUUAUUUGUAUAGCUACUGUUUUUGUUGAGAAUUACUGUGUAAUAAAGUAUAAUUGUUUAAUCUUAAUGUUUCAAUGUCUUGAGAAAUCCCCCUUGUUCUAUCAUUGUAACUGCUAUUUCUUAUAUCAUAGUUCCCUUUCGUUAGCCCUAGCCCAUGAAGACUUGCAUAAUACUUUUGAUAUUUCAAAUAUUCCAGAUGUAAUUGACAAUUUUUUGUUUUUGAUACUUUGUUGUAAAUAACUUUUUCGUUUAUUAAAUAUUAUCUACACCUGA